UAGUCUUGACGCUGGUUCGAGACCAGUCCAGCUCGGCUGCAUUCCUCCUCUCUCUAAAGCCUGACCGAUAGAGACAGAGAAAGAAAAGAGGGGGGAGAGAGAAAACGCCGAUUAUUAUUCUCUACCGUGUUGGAUUUUAAAGAACCAGUCGACUCACACCGGACAAGGCCACGAACGAAUACCCUCGUCAAUCCUGCUCCGGUUGGACCUACAAAAACGACCCUGAAAAAGGCGUUUUUUCCCUUUAAUAACGACGGGACUUUGCCGUUAACGUGCAUGUGUAGCUCAGCUAUCAAAAAGCAGCUUCUUCUCGGCGGAUAUCUCCUUUUUUCUUUCUCUCUUUAAAUGAGGAUUUGCAAGAUGGCUGAUGACAGCUACCCCUAACAAGGACAGAAAAGCGACGUCCCCUUUAAGAUUAGGAGGGUAUUAUUUAUUUUUUUGGUUGUAUUUCUAAUUAGUUAAAAACAUAUAAAAAAAUAUGGCUGCUUCACAUAAAUAAUGACCGUCCUCUCCGGUUGAUCUAGUGUUUAUCUGUACCUGUGCUGUGGUAGAAAAUGGUGAGGUGACGUCUGAAGGUAAUUUACACCAUUUAAUCCAGAUAAGGAAGUAGAAUAAAUAUGUUGUUGUCUAAAGGCUGAGGUGCGUAAAGGUGUAGGCCAAAGAGGACACGAGCUGGAUACAUUGUAACAAUAAUCUGUGCGCGAGGAGAUAUUUGAUAGAUGUGCCUCUGCAACAGAAGCCAACAUUCCUGCGGAUCCUAAAAACCCUUUGUUUUGUGACGCGACUAUUAAAACGAUUAACUAUGCAGUAAACAGGCUCCAAACGAUGGCUCCGGUAUGAUGCUUUAUUUUAUGUUUAAUCAGAUUAAAAAGCCUUUUGUUGUCGACAGAAACCUGGUAAGGGAAGAAAAAAAAAAAAAAAAAAAAAAAAAGCAGAGAGGCCUUGUGUACAGAUAUGCGAGCGGAGCUCCACAUAGCAGGCGGUAUUCAUCCGAUAGAAAUGUCGCUUCUAUGUUAGAUUAAAGGGUUAAACAGUCGUUAAACAGCAUUUCUUGUCUACUGCCAAAGCGUCGCUGCUUGUAUGUAUAAUUAAACUGCAGGUGGAGGCUCCUCGGAUACUUAUUUAUGAUUCAGCGGACAAAAGCAUCGCGCUGCGCCGAGAUUAUUGACGGAAUCAAGCGUCCUUGAGGUCCAGAUAAAUACAGAUUCAGGGUUGUUGUUUUUAAAAGACUGUCUUUGUGUGAAUAGUAAUCAGGGGUGUGGACUGGACUGGACUGGACUGAAGCGGUCCUGUUUCUCGUGGUUUGUUGGUCUGAACCGGUCCUCAGUCAAUCAUAAUCCGACGUUGGAGUGAAGGAAGCUCUCAAGGUAAAAGGGCCUGAGCAGGCAGCAGCAAAAAAAAAAAAAGGAUCAGGUGUUUUUUCAUGUGCUACACAGAGAUUGAUUCGCCUCGUGAUCAUAGAAGUCAUUAUGUAGAUGUUUAAGUUAGCUGUGCCUUGCUUGCUGUACCUGUAGUUGACAGGCUUUUAGCUUCCUGUAGGCCUAUAAACACACAGAAGGCCCUGUGUGUGUGUAUGUGUGUGUGUGUGUGAUUUUAGAGGAAAGGAAAGCACCGUUUACUGUAAUCUGUGUAACAUCAGAUCCUGCUGUGUGUGUUGAAAUCUCCGAGGUGUUGUCAUCCUUUCCCUGAAGCCUUCUCUGGUCAAUUUUCUGGAUAUUUGCCUUCAUGCUGCAGCAAUAAGCAAUACUGGUCACCUGUCAGGGAGUCUCGUUUGAUUUGGUCACAAAGGGUUGAAAUAUACAGGCUUGAUCGUUCAGGGCGGCAUCGAGGGAGGGGUUUUGCUUUUUUAAAAAUCUUUUUCCCCUCAAGGCUCGUUUUGAGAGUCGGCUUUCCUUCGAGGACAGAGAGGCCUCGAGGUCUGGUAGAAGCGGGGGAACCGUUAGUGUAUGCCUGCCCGCACCAUGAUGGCCUCUGACAUGGCUGAGACGUGGAGGAACUGUUUCGAGGAGGAGCUCAUCUGCCCCAUCUGCCUGCACGUGUUCUCAGAUCCCAUCCAGCUGCCCUGCAAGCACAACUUCUGCCGGGGCUGCAUCAGCGAGGCCUGGGCCAAAGAGUCCUUGCUGGCCCGCUGCCCCGAGUGCAACCACGCGUACGCGCAGAAGCCCAGCCUGGAGAAGAACCACAAGCUGUCCAACAUAGUGGAGAAGUACAACGCCCUGAGCGUGGAGAAGCCAGCCGCGCCGGCGCUGCAGUGCAUCCUGUGCCGCCGAGGCCCGCCGCUGCCCGCCGUGAAGGUCUGCCUGCGCUGCAACGCCCCGUGCUGCCAGUCCCACGUCCAGACGCACCUGCAGCAGCCGUGCUCGGCCCUCGGGCACCUGUUGGUGGAGGCGGAGGCGGUGAAGGCCUGGACCUGCCUGCAGCACGACGAGUACAGGCUGUACCACUGCGAGGCCGAGCAGACGGCGGUGUGCCAGUACUGCUGCUUCGCCCGCUGCCACCCGAGCCACGGCCACGCGGUCACGGACGUGGAGCUGCGACGCAACGACAUCAGACAAAGCCUGUUGAGACAGCAGGAGCGCGUUGAGGAGCGAGUGCAGGAGAUCGAAGAGCAGCUCUGCAAACUGGACUCUGACAAGUGUGUGGUGGAGGACAGGGUGUGUGAGCUGAAAGAGGAGGUGCGUCUGCAGUACCAGCGGAUGCACCAGCUCCUGGAGGAGGAUCUAGGUCGGACUCUGGAGGCUCUGGACCGGGCUCAGGCUCGGUUCUGCCAGGAGAACGCGGCCCAGGUUUUGGCUCUGGGCGAGCAGCGCCACGAGGCCCAGAAGCUGCUGAGCUCCAUCCACACGGCCUUCAGUAAGGCGGAGGAGCUGAGCUUCAUGAAAAACACCAAGCCGGUUAAAAUCCUCACAGACAGGUCUCAGGCAUGUGUGGGCAGCAGUAUACCUCCUUACAAAGUGGGGAAUCUAAACUCUAAACUAUUCCUAUCUGAAAUCUCAAAAAGAGAGAAGAGCUUGAAGAGAACGCUGGAAGUUCCCCUCACCCCUCCUUCGACCUUCCUGCAGUCCGUUCCUGCGUAUCCCAGCGGUCAGACCUCCGGAGCAGAGAAACGGAAACAUUCCACUGCCUUCCCAGAGGGAAACGGGAGCGUCGGAAAGACCGCCGCUCCGGGUUUCAAGGACUCCUCUUCCUCAUCUUCUUCCUCAUCGUUAGCCAAACAGCCCUACCUGGGCUCCGGCUCCGCCUCUGGAGAAGGUCAGUCUACCAAUCAGCAGCCUCUCGGGCCCUGCGGCCCGCCUCACAUCAGCGAGGGCGGCGGGACGGGAAGCGGAAGCGGCUCUCUGACCAACCACCAUUCAGGCUCCGUGUUCGCCUCCUCGCACUUUCCUCCUGGAGGCAGCGGCUCCUCGCACUCCUCCCAGCAGGCCGUGCUGCCUCAAUAUGGCAGCCGUAAGAUCCUGGUGUGUACGAUGGAUAACUGCUACUGCUCCGGAGUGCCCUCGGUGUCGGGCCACCGCGGCCAUCCCCCGUACCCACGCUCUGGCUCUUUCCCCUGGGUCAGCACCCAAGACUACCCCCCUCCUCCCGGCCUGGCCUCUGGAGGUCCGUCCAUGCAGGGCCUGGCAGUGAGGGACUGGAUAGACGCCUCGCAGACACACAGACAUGCAGAUUUUUACGGGCUGUAUGGGCAGCCCUCUACAAAGCACUAUGUCACCAGUUAACAAAGUAGACACACACACACACUUGGAUAUAGAGACAGGCACCAAAAUAGCACACCGUUACCGUCUUAUUAACUGGAAAAAAAACAGUUAUACUAUACACACAGUAAAAUAUUAAGAUUUGUACACACACACACACACACACACUGAUCUAGAACAUGUACACACAUUCGGGGGCAGGGUUGAUCUCUUAUGUGUUUUUAUUUUCUUCUUUUCUUUAUUUUCAGUCGGUGUUUCAUGUAGUGUAUUAUACGUAAAAAUGCUAAACCAACACGUUCAAUCUGGCACAACCUAGCUCAGCGUUUUACACAUAAACAAGAGAAGCCUAAGAGGAGAGAUUGUGACAUGCAUCUUUUUUUUUUUUUUUUUUUUUUUUUAUAGAGCAGAAGAUGGAUAGAAAAUUAACUUUUAUUAGAAAACGCCUCUUCGUGGCUGCUCACUGACGCUAAAGGGAAAAGAGAUGAAAACCGUGCAGUGUUGAGCUUUCCAGUUUAGCGCCUCAUGUUUCUCUCAUAUAAUCACCCCUCUAGUUGUACUGAGAUCAAUUGCCUUAUGUUAUUAUUAGCGUCAUAUUUUUUGUUCUGCCCAGCUGUCAUUGUUUAGUAGAUCCUCUUUAAAGAGGGACUGCGCGGUCCCUUCGUGUCUCUCGUUUCCGUCAUCAUGGCACCUCUUCCCUUCUUUGCUGAGUUCAGGGAUGGACCGUACGGCUUGAACACAAAAUGCUCUUCCAUGGAACUCCCACAAUGCACUUGUGGACGCCUUGUUAUGCCUGGACUACAGAUGCUGCCCCGCAGAGGGACACUGGAGCUGCAUCUGAAGGGCCGGUUGACCCUGGCCCAAAGAGUUUUGAGGAUUUGGCCCUUAUUCCUAGCACUCCCUUCCUGCUAUCAGGCUUCCCACAGGACAGAAAAUCUUCUUCUGACAAAGACUGUUUCCAUUUAGUAAUUACUCUGACUUUAUGUUAUUUGGUACAUCUGUAGGUUUCAUGCUUGUCUAGAGAGACUCUUUGAUUUUAGAGGAAGAGGCAAGACUGGACAGACCAAACCAAUCAAGCAUCUGGAGAAUCUGAUGAUGCUGUAAUUGUACUUCCUGCAGGGCAAAGAUGUCACUUCCUCUCAAUAAGCACACGAGCUCUUGGCUUCCUGUUUGCAGCUGAAAUCAUGCAAGGAAGAGUUUUUUUUAAAAGCACUCAAAAGAAGAACAAUAGGGGGGUGGGGGUAAAAUGUAUGCAGUUUUAAAAAUGAGUGUAUGGAAGAAAAGAAGGGUGGGAGGAAUUUUUUUUCAUCUACUUUUUCUAAAAGAACAAGACUGGACUGCGAGAUGUAAGCAAUUGUCGUCAUCCUAAGAAGGAGCCGUUACAACCGUCAACUUAAAGAGAAAAAACAACAACAUAAAAAGUAUCUUUUUUUGUAAAUAUUUUGUGAAAUGGAAAAAUUACAGACGUGAUUUGGAGAAGGGUUCCAAAUAAACAAACACAUUUAAA